AUGAUCCAAGAUGACCUUCCCUGUAUGGACAACGAUGAAAUCCGGCGAGGCAUGCCGGCGAACCAUAAGGUUUUUGGCGAAGACACCUCGAUCCUAUGCGGCGACUCCCUGAUCUGUCUUGCUUUCCAACACAUAGCAGAUAAGACCACCGCAGAAGUUCCACCCAGGCGAGUCCUACAAGCUAUUUCUGAGCUUGGUUCGGCAGCGGGAUCAAAAGGGCUAUCUGGAGGGCAGUUUCUUGACUUAAAUAGUGAGGGGAAAAUGGUUACUUUGAGUGAAUUGGAGUACAUUCAUACCCACAAGACAGCCAAGUUAGUCGAAGCUACGGCUGUGUGUGGGUCAAUAAUGGGAGGAGGGAAUGAGACUGAGGUGGAGAGAUUGAGGAAUUAUGGGAGGUGUGUAGGGUUAACGUAUCAGGUGGUGGAUGAUAUAUUGGGAUUUGGGAGUGACCAAAUCUUCUGA